GCUCCUGCUGUGGGCGGAGAAAGAGAAAUGCCGCGCAUGCGCGCUAAUCUUCGAUGAGUUAAUCCUGACUUUUCCGGCAAAUUGGUUUACAUAUUUACAAUGUACGAACCCCACAGCCUAUUGAAUUUGGGCUAAUUUUUGUAGCUUCCGCGAAUUUGUACUUUGCACCAGCUAAUUUUCUUUACAUAAAAACUUAAAAUGUACCUCUUUGAGAUUUCUUGGCUCGCCUCUCUUUUUCCUAAAUGAACUCAGUUAGACAGGUCCCAGUGCAUGUUGGGUAAAAUAGUUUCCUCUUAAUUUGUUGCCUGCUGGAAAUGUUAAUGUAAAAACUACAAUGCCCAGCAUGCAGCGGGACUGGCUGGUGAAGAAAAAAACAUCCUAUGACGCUCCUCCUAGCAAAAGCUCCGCCCUCUUAGUCCCAACUUAUCAGCUCUACAACCUGUUUCCAGCUACAUAUGACCUGGUGUAACUGGAACCAUGCAGAGGUGGCCCCCCUAAAGCUAAAUGUGGCAGAAGGAUCUGGGACAGAUGCCUCUCUCGUGCCUGAGCUCAGACACUUCUCCCCAGCUCUGGCUGAUCACAUACACAAAGAAAAGCACAUUAUUUGGGUUCAAGGAUGAGUGUUCAGUCUGUCUGUGCUGGUCAGUCAAGCAAGAAGCCUUGUAGUUAGACAGAUGAGAUGGAGGGUCUGUUGCCAGGCUUGAGAGAACUGCACAGGGUGGUCCUGAAUGUUGGUUCCCUGCAGCAUGAUGCCCAGAAAUGUGCCUCUUUCUUAGCUCCUAAUUCUACAGCAUUAAGCAGUACAGAUACUGCAGAUCCAACGCCGGCUGAUAAUGAAGGCCAUGUGUCUGUAUGGUGUGCACGGGAGGUUACAGCGCUACAGCUGUCUCUGAUCCGAAUGCUCAUCAGCAGGGCAGAUAGUCAGGGCACAGAUCCUGAUGUAAAGCGCCAGUACACCUGCAUAGUGGACCUGCUACAGCAAGCUGACCUGGAUAAGACUUUAAUUUGUCUCUCCGUGACUUCUGACAAGGUGCUGUCUCAUCUCUCCUCCAAGUGCCUCUCCUGUUUGGUGCUAUUCCAGUUAAAGACAAAGAAUAAGGUGAAUAUCCGGUGGCUUCAGUUCUGCCUAAAGUCACUGAGUGAAUCCCCAAGGUGCUAUACGGUCAUGCCAUGUCUAUCUACUCUCAUAUGUGUGUUCAAGGGACUCCUCAGGGAUGAGAACUUACAGCAAGGAGAUAUUCUAUCGGUUCUCCUUCAGCCUCUGGAUCCCACAUUUGAAAGAUUUUGCUCUUCUCUCCUUUCUGAUGUCGGAACAACACACUGCCAAACUUCUGCACUAGACCCAGAGUCCAGCUGCUGCCUCUCCUGUCUCCUGGACCUGAUGGAGCUCCUGAUUGCUCUAAGGAUAAAAUACAAACGGAGUCUUCCUUUAUGCCACACGGUUCUUUCUGUGACUAUUCCCCAGGCUUUUACAUUGGUAUCCUCCCCUGUUGCAUAUUAUGUUAAAAGGCAGUUCAUCUUGGUUCUGAAGAGAAGCCUUUUAAAAAAAGCAGGGGAAGAUUUCUACCCUGUUCUACACAGCAUGUCACAGCCUGGGGACCCUGUACUGGAGCAGGAAAUUACUAUGCUGGUGCUAGCGUUGCUGAACUCAGUAGACCAGGGCUGGCUGCUGCAAGUGCCUAUAAGGGAUAGGAUUAGCAGCUUUGGUGGCUCUUACAUGGCAUCAGAGAGCAGCCCUGACCUAGUAGUUCUGGGGGCAGUGUGUCUUUCUGUUCUCAAAGCUCUAGAAAUCCAACUUCUUGAAGUGACUUUAAGCAGCAUUAUAGCAGAGAAACUACAGUCUGUCAUGGAUCAGUUACUGGCUUUCCUAAGGCAUCAUCUCGGGUGGCAGAAACCAUGGCACCCCUGUGAAUGGGUGUCUCUUGUCUUUAUAGAGCAGGAUGAUGACAUGCUAGAAGUGGCAAACAUUCUGCUAAAGAUGUACCUUCGCUGUCAAAACUUUUGGUCUCAGGUCCCUGUCUGUGUGAAUCCUGGAAAUGAAAUGGGAAUAUGGGAUGGAAUAUCUCAUCAGUUUGGCUGUGACCCCAACUGCAUUUUCGUGUUAUUGCUGAACAGUGUGGCAUUUGACACUUCAGUCCUGCUGGAUUUUCUUAUCUCCUCAGAGACCUGCUUUCUGGAAUACUUUGUAAGGUACUUGAAACUUCUCAAAGAAGACUGGCCUCGUUUCUGCCUGACGUGCACUUUACUAGAACUGGCUUCUUGCCGGAAAGGAUCUGCCAGGGAUGUUCCCAACAGUUUCCCAUUACAGGGUCAGACAGAGAGUGUAGCGGCUGCAGUGGUGCUGCAAAGCCCUGUGAAUCUUCAAGCAUCUUUAUCUCUUCCCACCAGCAUCACCAACUCAGUGACCCAGAAAAAUGUAAGGCAUGUAGCACCUUCUCAGGUCUCAAGCUAUGAAUGCACUUCCUCUCUGGGUGCCCUUCAACGCCUUGUAGCCUAUGACAGCUCAGAGGAUUCCGACUCUGAAUGCUCUGAAGAGCAAGAUCAUCCUCUCGCUGCACAGACCCCAAGAGCUGACAGCACCGACAUAUAUAAACAAAUGGGGAAGCUGAAACUGAAAGGGGAGUGUCCAGCCUUUAGCACUACCCCAACAAAGACUGCCGAAAACACAAAUCUGAUCACGGGGACCCUGUUGAAAUCUGCAAGGUGCUUGGAAGAGCUGCAGCAAGCCAUUAAUAGACUGCACAGAAAGCAGCUCUUCCCAUAUAACCCCUCUGCUUUACUUAGGCUCCUAAUACAUGUUUGUACUUUAAAUAGAGAGAUGCGAGAAGGGAAGAUUUCUCACUAAAGGGGUGGUUCACCUUUAGGCUCCUGCCACAUGGGGCGGAUCCUCAGCCUGCAGAUACCUUUGCCUGCACCUGGAGCCAUUGUAGUGCUCUGGGUGCAGGCAUAACAAUAAGCUUUUUGAAGCAUAGUGGCAGAUUUGUGGUCUGUGUUUAUUUGCAGGCUGUAAAUUUGCCCCAUGUGCCAUGAACCUUAUGUUAGAUGUUAGUAUGUUUUAGAAUGUCCUAUUCCUAGCAAUUUUUCAAUUGGUCUUCAUUUUUUUUUUUUUUUUUAUAGUUCUUUAAUUAUUUGUAGUCCUCUUCUGCCUCUUUCCACCUUUCAAAUGAGGCUUAUUGAACCCAGGAGACAAAAAAUGAUUGGUCUCGGGGGCUACAAUUUUAUUUUUAUUGUUAUAUUGCUGAAAUUCCAAACUAGAGGCCUCCUGAACAAAACGCUAAAUAUCUGAAAACCCACAAACAAAAAAUGAAGACCAACUGCAAAUUGUCUCCGAUUAUCAACGUAGUCUGUCUUUCAGCGCUUGUGAGCUGUGAUUGUUGGGGGGUAUGCUCACGGUGCACCGAUAUCCUGGUAAGCCCCUCACUGAAAUCUGUAAUUAACCUGUGCCUAGUUGGGGCUGCAAUAAGGUGAACUCUUUUAAAACUAGAAAUUCCACGUUCCUGUGGAGUGUUUAAAUAAGAGGGAAAAUCACCAUAUAUGUCGAGAAACAGGUGAGCCAGUGGCACGUGCUGCCAUUAGGGGUGCUAUUUUACUGUCUUAUACAGAGACAGCUUCCAUGUUUAUUUUAUAAUAUUCACACUGACACUGGUUGGUGAGACCAUCAAACCUAUAUGUCCCUGCUCCUUAAAUGCUAUGCUUUAUGUGCUUCUCUCUCUGCCACUGUGCGCUACUACAGCACUGAACCAAUCAUAACGUUCUGUCUGCUAUGGAAUAUAGGGUGCUACAAGUACUUGCACUAAUAUACGUGACAUUUGUCUCAAUAAAGCACUCUACAUUGUGUUCCAAUGGACAACUGGAUCCAUGUGAGAACAUAGCAGCCUUAAAAUGCACAAAGAGCCCAUAACCAGUUCACAAUAGCCAUGAAUAACUUGUAAAAUAUAUAUUCUGCUUCAAGGUGCUUAAUGUUAUUAUCCGUUAUAAUAGGUGCUUAGUGACGACAUUUGGGUCACAUGGCUGAUAGCAGAUUGUGUAUUAUAAAACAUUAUGUACCCUUCUGUAAAAUCAUUUCUGUAUAUGGAAUUUCUAGGUGACUUGUAAUAUCUAAAUAUUUUGUCUAGAGGGUGUACACUAUUCCCAAUGUACCAUGUAUUAGUACAGCUUUGCCUUUAUCUAGCAGCACAACUAAAUGCAAUGCUUACAAGGUAUAAAUACAAACAGGGAUACACUUACUACAUAAUAGUGAGAUAACACAGAAUGAGAUCCCUGUCCUGAAGAGCUUGCAAUCUAUGAGGGUUAAUAAUAAAGGGGAGGAGAGAGAUUUAGAUGCAGGUGAGAUGAUACGGCAGCAGUAAGGAGGGAGUGCAGUAGGUGGAGAUGAGAUUGUGGGAGACAGCUAGUAAUAAAUGCCUGGCCUGAUACUGCAGAGAUAUUUGAGAACAUUUACAGUGGAAAUAUUACAAUGAGCUACUUGGAAUUCAUAAACACUUCUGUCUCUUAAACCUGUGCCAAAAGUCUUAUACUUGGCCUUAAUUUCUAGCAGAGCACUUUUAUUCUGUUACAGAAUGACCGUAACUCACUGUGACUUUGAAUUUAGCACUUUGUGCAAUACAUUCAGUAUUUCUGUCCUUAAAUAAGGCAACAUGGGUAUUUAUUUACUUUGUUGUUUGGGAAUUAGUUUCUCCUCACAGUACAGGAAGUACUCACUGGGUCAGAAUGUACAGCCCUUUAGUGGCUGAAUUAAACUCUCAACAUCUCUGUGUACCCCCACCCCCUUUUUUUUUUUUUUUUUUUUUUUUUUAAUAUAUGGGUAACCCUUUGGGGUUUACUGUAUUUACAACUGACCAGGGGAAAGACUGUAGAGCACUAAGGGGUACACUGUUGCAAAAAGCACAUCUUCCCCUGGUCUGGAUACAGUCUGCACCUCACUUAGGAUAAAAAUAUUGGUGCCGGCUGUAGCAUGAAGGGGCCCAGGCCAGCUCUGUCAGGGCAGGGAGAGGGCCCUGUUGCAGCCUGAGGCCUAACUUCAUUCAGAUGCACAAGUUUGCCCUCCCACACCCCCAUUAAUACAACUCUGCAAUAUGCAGGAAGCGCUGUAUUCUCUGGGGCAGCCCCAGGUCUCUGUAAUCUGAAAUAGAGAGCAAAGGCCAGGGGCAAUUCUACAGCAGAGAAACGUGUAUAGGUUGUAAAUUACUCUUAUGGCUUUUAAACAGGUGGGUUUGUAUAUCAUAUACCGGUAGAUGCACCAGUUCUAUUAUAUUGUUUAGCAGGAAGUGUUGCUGAAGCCAUUUCUACAGACUUGUCUGCCAUAUUUAAUUUUUCAGGUACUCUAAACUUGACAGUGUCCCUUUAUAUGUGGUUUCCAGUGGAGAGAGUGCUGUCCCUCAGUGGGAGGCGACGGAAUGUUCUGUGUGGAAUUGUGAGAUGACUGGUACAUUCCACAGUGCUCCCACAGGCUUACUGUAAAUAGAGCAGCAGCACAGGCUUUGCCCUUCACACCCGCCAUUGUAUGGAUUCUUAAGGCUCUCUGCCAUCUCUUGGCAGUUGCUUGGGAACUGAAAGCAAUUCUGUCAUCAGAAUACAAAUGUUUAUAUAUUGGCCCAUACAAAUGAAGAGUCGCUGGUUCUUGGUUCUCUUGUAUUACAGCCCUUCGGCCAAUUGAUUUGCUACGUCUGAACUGUAAAACACUGAAUUAGUAGUUAGUCAUACAGCUGUAUUCAUAUUGAUGAAAUUUGGAUAUUUCUGUAGCCAGGCCAGAUGCAUUUAAAGGGGAGGUUAACCUUUAGUAUUUUUCAACUGGUCUUCAUUUUUUUUUUUCUAUAGGUUAUAAAUUAUUUGCCUUCUGCCUCUUUCUAGUUUUUAUAUAAGGGUCUCUGACCUCAGCAGUCAAAAACUAUUGCUCUGUGAGGCUAUUUUAUUGUGAUAGAUACAUAUAGAUAAGACCCACAACCCAACCGUGACCAGUAGACCCGCCAUCCUGCAUUUGUGCCCUCGUCUGAAAAUCCUACUCACAACCUGCAGGUUACCUGGUUUUUAUGGGGGUACCCGACCCACUGCAGGACUCCAGCAGAGGGACCAACUCAUUUCUAAACCAACUUGCUUGAGGAAUAUGUUUAACAUACAGCGUGCCAUAUAGUGUUGCUACAUCUGAACCAUCCCUAAUGGUCUUUAUUCAAGCAACACCAAGCAAAUUCUCAGUUGAAAUUGGGGGAUGGGUGGUUAGUGUGGUUUUCACUGAAUUGUUACUGAACGUAAAUGAACAUUUAUAAUCUAGUAUCUUCUCACGCAAUGUAAUGGAGUUGGUAUGAAUAUAGGAUACCAGUGAUGAAUGAAAGUUUCUUCAAACCAUUUGUGUUUUAUUGGAAAAUUUUAAGCAACAAUCUGGAUAGAAAUGUGAUUUAAAAAAUGUGAAAUGACCCAGUUUUCUUAUGCAUCUACAGGAAGAUUUCAUGUUGAAUACUUAACCUUCAUUCUGUUUUUCUGUAUAUAUACUGUAUGUAUAUAUAUAUAUCCCUAUUGUGUAUAAGUAUUGAGGGCAAGAGCCAUAGACCAUAUUGUAUUAUUAUACUUUAUUGUGUAAUGAUUUGCCUUUUCAUGAUUGCAUACCCUGUGCUGCCAUUGGCAUAAUAUAUACAAAUACUGUAUAUAUAUAUAUAUAUAUGUGCUAUAGGUGCUAUAUAAGGUAGAAACCUAAAUGUUUAAUGUUAAAGCAUGGGUUUGCCUGUUGUACAACACUGUGGAAUAUGUUGGCACUUUAGGUGUUGCGUGUAAUAAUGUGUUUAAUGCGCUCUAUCAUAUAAUUGUCUCACACUUCUAUAGCGGUGUGGAUCUGGUGCCUGUGUGCCAUGUGCUUUUGCUAUAUGUAUGCUCUUUCAAAUAAAUGUGAAACUUUCCACUGCA